UGAACCGUGACAAAGGAGUUUCCACGUUAGUAUUUUUAGUCGUUAUUUAUACGUUUAUUAACACACUGGAAAACAAAAUAUGACUCAUUUAACUGCACAUAAUCCCAUAAUUCGCGUUGGAGACAGGAUUUGUCUAGGUAACGAUAGCUAGCUGCUAACGUUAGCUAACAAUGGCAAACUGUAACGUUAUGGUUUUUCACACUCAAAUAGCCUCCGUCAUGGAGGUACUAGCGAGUGCAGCCGUGGCAGAUAUAUGUAAACUUGUAGACGACGACUAUGCAGUAUUUCGUUUGGAAAUAACUCAAAGCCGAAAAGAAAACGGGGCAUUAAGGAGGAAACUACAGCUACUGGAACUGAAGGUUGCACGGGAACGCGCAGAGAGGACAAUGCAACAGCGCGUCGUCGCCAGUCGUCCCAGAAGUGUCAAGAUCAUUGACCGAUACAGAGGAAUGGCAAGAGGUGAAGGACAUCUCACUGGAGGCCACAGUAGCUUUGUGAAGCCAGCGGGACACAAUACAUGGAGCGAUGACCAAUCAAUCACUGUUGAUGAGGGGAGUGGAACCUCAACCCAGCACGUUAUCGUGAUAGAGUCUGCAGAUGCCGAGGCUGCAGGUCCUGGGGUCAAGCAGGAGAGGACUGAAGGAGAGGAGGACCCACGGCACAGCAGAGAUAAUCAGUCUGGUGCAGCUGUAGCCAUGGAGGACCCCGCCACCACCCCAGCGCAGCCCAGCUCUCGACGCAGCAUCACGGAGGUCAGUGGAACGCUGAACGCCGUCCUCAAAUCAGAGACUGACACCAAGACUUUAACUGUAACACAAAGGCUUUUACACACAGGAUCUGACAACAGGUCAGACCCAGAGAGACUGGGACUGGGGAGACUGGGCUGUCCUCCUGCUCCCGGCUCAGAGUAUUUACUUUAUGGUAACCGAAGCCUGGUUCAUUCCCAUCGGGACUCAGGUGACGCGUUAGAUAAUUGUCAGUUUCUAUCUUGUUCUUACGCUACAGAGAUGGCCCCUGGCAACAUAUCCAUGGGUUUAGAGACACAGGCUGAUCCAUCUAGAGGGGACUGGAACCGGUACAGUAGUAGUGUAUACUCUGAAGGGUGCCUAGAUAAGAAAGGGGAAGGUCUGGUCGUAGAUGAAGUGACUGUGAAAGUGGAGGGCAACUUUCCUCCCACAUGGAAUGCAGCUUGUCACCUAGGAGAUGGAUUCUCACAGGGCAGAGAUUUCUUAGAUUACAGUUUAAAGACCAAUCUAAAUGUCCCGACCCACUCCCCUUUACACGCGCUCAGGGAUCGCGACCCAGUGUCCACGUCGAUGGCGACUUCCGAUUUACAAGGCCGCGUCCUUUUCGAUCAGGUAUUGAACUCAAAUGACAGGGCUAGAGUCCAGACUCAGGGAAGGGGAGCCACAUCAGGCAGUAGUAAAGAGAAACGGUUCCUCUGCAUGUUCUGUAACAAAGGCUUCAGCUGCACCCAGAAGGUAGAGAUCCACCAGAGGAUCCACACAGGGGUGAAACCCUUUAGCUGUACCCAGUGUCACAUGCGCUUUGCCCAGGCUGGCCACCUGAAGAGGCAUCAGAGGGUCCACACAGGGGUGAAACCCUUCAGCUGUACCCAGUGUCAAAUGCGCUUUGCCCAGGCUGGUGACCUGAAGAGGCACCAGAGGGUCCACACAGGGGAGAAACCCUUCCGCUGCCAGCUGUGUGAGAAGAGGUUCUCCCGCCAGCACCAGCUGAAGAUGCACCUGAAGAUCCACACGGGAGAGAGGCCAUUCUCCUGAAGGCAUAUAUAGAUUUUGAAUAUUGCUGGGUAGAAUAUUUCAUCCAGACAUUGUGUGAUAUAUAAGGCAUACAUAUAUACACACCCACACACACGGAAUCAUAUAGUAACCCAGAAAGUGGUAAACAAAUCAAAGUAG